AUGGAGUUCCCUCCCAGGAAAGAGGAAUACCAGAUGCAGGAUCUGUUGCUGGAUCCGGAGGUGGACAGGUACGCCGCCUCUCCCUUCGUACCGGAUAUCGAAGAUUAUCCGCUGCCCGCAAAGUUCAAAAUACAUUCCAUGAAGUCCUAUGAUACGACCACGGACCCAGAAGAUCACUUGUUCGCAUUCCAGACACAGAUGUGCUUGCAGACGUCUGCUGACGCAGUUAGGUUCAAGACCUUCCCGAUGUUCCUGGAGGGGAAGGCCCGUCAGUGGUUCCAGAGAUUGCCUCCCAGGUUAGUUCGGUCCUUCAGCCAACUCGCACGGCUGUUCGCAGCUCAGUUCGUGUCCUCACGAGCCUUUUCCAAAAGCACGGCUCAUUUGAUGACAGUUCACCAGGGGCCUGAUGAGUCACUGCUCGAGUAUAUGGUGCGCUUCAACAACGAGUUCCUUCAGAUUCGGGACCGAGACGACAAGGUGAUCAUGGCUGCCUUCGUCAAUGGAUUGCUUAAACAGAAGCUGUAUAGAGAGUUCGUAAAGAGACCUCCCAAGUCCGUCCCGGAUAUGCUAGACCGAGCUCAUGAGAAAGCCAAUGCCGAAGAGGCCAACCGCUUGAAGGGCGCACAGGAAAGGUUGAGGGACGACAGACGCAGGAAAGGAGCCGAACUGGAGGAGGUGCGACCUGGUCAAGGACGGAAGAACACUUUCGAACGCCUGCCCCGGAGUCGACCCUUUGAGAAAGAAAAGGCCCGGACCUCGCUCACAGCGCCCAGAGCCCGGGUUCUCGCCGUGAUAGAACAACAAGGCCUCUCUCGCCCCCCCGACCACUAG